AUGACCCAGCAGAUAGGGUACUUCUCAGACCUUAAAGACCAGAUGUCAACCAGACUGAGUGCUGGCAGAGUGGCGGACUCGCUGUCGAAAUCUGUCUUCCUCAUAAGCGCCGGGUCGAAUGAUGCAUUUGAUUUCUUCUCACAGAACAGAUCACCAGACUCCACCGCGAUUCAGCAAUUCUCUGAAGCUAUGAUCUCCACGUAUGAUAGCCAUGUCAAAGCAUUAUACCAUUUGGAAGCGAGGAAAUUCGCUGUGAUCAAUGUGCCACUGAUUGGGUGUUGUCCAUACCUGAGAAGUCAGAACCCAACAGGAGAAUGUGUUGAGCAAUUGAAUAAGAUAGCCAAGAGUCUGAAUGAUGGAAUCAAGGAGCUGUUCAGCAAUCUCAGCUCAGAAAUGCAGGGCAUGAAGUACUCCAUUGGCAAUGCUUAUCAGCUUGUCUCUAGUCUGAUUCAAAACCCACAUGCCGCUGGGUUGGAGGAAGUGAAGAGUGCAUGCUGCGGUGGUGGCAGGUUCAAUGCUGAGAUAGGGUGCACCCCCAUCUCCAGCUGCUGCAGUGAUCGCAGCAAAUAUCUCUUCUGGGACCUGCUGCACCCUACCCAAGCUACCUCCAAGUUUGCGGGACUUGCCUUCUACGAUGGACCAGCACAGUUUGUCAGUCCCAUCAGCAUCAAGCAGCUAGUUGAGGCAUAA